AUGUCGAGACAAGGGCCGAAUCAAAAUAAACUAAAUCAUGGUAUUAAAGGUCAAUUUAUUGUAGAACAUAAUCAAAAUCAAAAUCAAAAUGUGAACGAUGUCAUUAAAGAUAUUAGGGGAAAGAUAGAAAUUGAACAGAAUAUCAUUCAAGGAUAUCAAGAUGUCAAAAAAAGUUCUCAAAAUACAGAGGUGAUUCAAAAGUGUAAAUCAAAAAUCAUUGAAUCUCAAACAUUAAUCGAUUACUACCAAGAAUCCAUCAACAAAUUGAUUAGACAACUGCAAAAAUCAAAAAAUAAAAUAAAUACCAAUUCAUCGGAUGAUAGAAGUUCAGUAAUAUCAGAAUACAAACCAAAUUAUUCUAGAUUUGAUUUAAUAAAGUAUGAAUGUCCUUCUUUGGGUCAUAAAAUUCAACAUAUGAUACAACAACUACAAUUUAAACUACAAGUAGAAAAUCAAUAUAAAGAAGCUAAUCAAAAAAUUUCACAUUUGUAUUUAUUAGAUGGUGAUAAAUCAUCUUCUAAUGCGGCUGAAGGUGGUAAAGCUGAAAGUGACCAAAGGAUCCAAUUAUUAGAAAAAGCUUUGAAAAAGUAUCAAAAUUUCAAUAUCAACUCAGAAGAUUUUAAUAGAGAUUAUGAAAUGAUGGAUACACCUAAACAUACGAGGAAACCUUUAAGUGGUAAAUUGAGUAUUGGUAUUACUUGUGUUAGAGAUGUUGAUCAUAUUGCUACUGCUGGUUUUAAGAAAAGGGAAACAAUUAUUACUAUUAAGAUCGAUGAUGUCGAGAAAGCAAGAACUAAACCUUCUAAAAAUGAUAACUGGAAUGAAGAAUUAAUCAUAAAUGUCGAUAAAAGUCAUGAAAUUGAAAUUUCAGUAAUGGAUAAACAAGGAUCUAAUUUUGCUCCAAUUGCAGUGAAUUGGCUUUCUUUAUUUGACUUGGCAGAAGAAAUUCGUAAAAAGAAAGUUGCUAAAGAUCAAGGUGCAAGUGGUUGGUUACCUGCUAGUAAUUUACCUCAAACAAAUGGAAAUAAUGGAAAUACUGGAUAUGGAGGGGUUAAUGAUGCUUCGAACUUAUCUCUAUCAUAUCAACAACAGAACAACAUCUCACCAUCAAAAUCACCAAGUAAACAUGACACCAAUGGAAAUGAAGAUCCUAAUGACAAUCAAAAAGUUUCAGUUAAUACUUGGAUUAGUUUAGAACCUUGUGGUCAAAUGCUUAUUAAUCUUAAUUUUGAAAAAUCAAUAUCUCAAGGUAAACAAUUUAGAGGUCCAUUAGGACGUCAUGGUGCUAUUCGUCAAAGAAAAGAAGAAGUUUUUGAACAACAAGGUCAUCAAUUUGUACAAAAGCAGUUUUAUAAUAUUAUGUGUUGUGCACUUUGUGGAGAAUUUUUACGUUAUACUGGAUUUCAAUGUCAAGAUUGUAAGUUUUUAUGUCACAAAAAAUGUUAUCAAAAAGUUGUUACUAAAUGUAUUUCAAAAUCUGGUGCUGAUUAUGAUGCUGCGCAAUUGAAACAUCGUAUUCCACAUAGAUUUGAAGCUAUUACAAAUCAUGGUACCAAAUGGUGUUGUCAUUGUGGUUAUUUAUUACCAUGGGGUAAGAAGAAUGCAAGAAAAUGUUCUGAAUGUGGUGUAAUGUGCCAUGCUCAUUGUACUCAUUUGGUACCAGACUUAUGUGGUAUGUCAUUACAAAUGGCUAAUGAAAUUCUUGCAACAAUUAAAUCAACAAAAGUUUCACCAAAAAAACCUAAGCAAAUUGCUCAAGAAACAGGUUAUGCCUCACAAGAACCUAAGUAUUACCGUCAACAAGAAUCUGAAAAAACAUUACCACCAAAACCACCUGUACAUCGUUAUCCUGAGACAGAAUCGACCCAAUCGUCAAAGGAUUUAUCAGAUGAUGAAAUUGAAAAAGAAUAUGAUUCAAGAUUACCAACUACCACUCAAAAAUCAUAUCAACAACCAAUAAUUGAUUCACCUUAUGAUCCAAAUGCAAGAACUAAUAGACGUCGUCCGCCGUUUGAAGAACAACCAUCAUUAGCUCAAUUUAGAACAGCAUCUCAUCCAAGAGUACAACCUCCACAGCUCCAACAACAACAUCAAGAUCAACAACAACAACGUAAACCAUAUGAUACUAAUGGUCGUGAAGCUAAACAUGCUCAAAUUGGAAUACCUGAUAUUUCUAUUUCAAAAGAUGAAUUUAAUAAUUUUGAUUAUCACAACCAUAAUACAGAACAUCAAAUAAUAUCUCAGGAAGAAUCAAAAGAAUUUGUUAGUCCAUUCAUUGAUCAACCUCAAAUAUUAAAACAACAAGAACUACAACAACAAGAUGUUAUUCCUGAAUUACAACAACAAGUUGAUCAAAUUCAAAUUGAAACUAAACCAAAUCAUCAAAAAACCCAUUCAGUUGGUACAACAUCAACAACAAAUGGUAGUAGUAAUAAUAAUAAAGUAACUAAACAAAAACGUCGUAGAAGAAAAGUUGGAUUAGAUGAUUUUCAAUUUUUAGCAGUUUUAGGUAAAGGAAAUUUUGGAAAAGUUAUGUUAGCAGAAUCAAGACAUACAUCAAAAUUAUGUGCAAUAAAAGUUUUAAAAAAAGAUUUUAUUGUUGAAAAUGAUGAAAGUGAAAGUGUUAAAAGUGAAAAAAGAGUAUUUUUAACAGCAAAUAAACAAAUGCAUCCAUUUUUAUUAAAUUUACAUUGUUGUUUUCAAACUGAAAAUCGUAUAUAUUUUGUAAUGGAAUAUAUUUCAGGUGGAGAUUUAAUGUGGCAUAUUCAAAAAAAUAGAUUUAGUGCAAAAAGAGCAAAAUUUUAUGCAUGUGAAGUUUUAUUAGGUUUAAAAUAUUUUCAUGAUAAUGGUAUAAUAUAUAGAGAUUUAAAAUUAGAUAAUAUUUUAUUAACAACAAAAGGUCAUAUUAAAAUUGGAGAUUAUGGAUUAUGUAAAGAAAAUAUGUGGUUUGAAAAUAAAACUUCAACAUUUUGUGGAACUCCAGAAUUUAUGGCUCCUGAAAUUGUUGCAGGAAAACAUUAUGAUCGUAGUGUUGAUUGGUGGGCUUUUGGAGUAUUAUUAUUUCAAAUGUUAUUAUGUCAAUCUCCAUUUAAAGGUGAUGAUGAAGAUGAUAUUUUUAAUGCUAUUGAACAUGAUGAAGUUAAAUAUCCUAUAAGUUUAUCAAGAACAACAGUAUUAAUAUUACAAGCUUUAUUAACAAAAGAUCCUUCACAAAGAUUAGGUUCAUCAAAAAGAGAUGCAGAAGAAAUUAUGGAACAUUUAUAUUUUCAAGAUAUAAAUUUUGAUGAUGUUUUAAAUUGUCGUAUUCAACCUCCUUAUAUUCCAGAAUUAAGUUCAGAACAUGAUUAUUCAAAUUUUGAUCAAGAAUUUACUUCUGAAACUCCAAGAUUAACUCCUGUUGAAACUGUUUUAACUUCUGAAAUGCAAGAACAAUUUAGAGGUUUUAGUCAUAUUUCUGAAGGUGCAAUGGUUUAA